UUCAUUCCCAAAGAGAAGUAAAAAAAAACAAUGAAGGGAGAUCUAAAAAAUAUGUUUUACGUUGGAUUGGUGGUGAUGAUCUAUGCGUUUACGUUCAUUGCACAACUAGAAGCAGCCUCGCAAACAAAGACAUGUGUCCAAAGGAAAAGUCCAUGUUUCCUUAAGAAGCAAACUUGCCCCAAGCAAUGCCCUUCGUUUUCCCCUCCUAAUGGCAGCACCAAGGCUUGUGUCAUCGAUUGCUUUAACCCUAUUUGCAAAGCCACUUGCCGAAAUAGGAAGCCUAAUUGCAACGGCAAAGGAUCAGCAUGCUUAGACCCACGUUUCAUCGGCGGAGACGGCAUCGUGUUCUACUUUCACGGCAAACGCGAAGAGCAUUUUGCACUCGUCUCCGACGUUGACUUCCAAGUUAAUGCACGUUUCAUUGGUCUUAGACCUUCUGGUAGGGCAAGAGACUUCACAUGGAUCCAAUCCUUGGGUCUAAUCUUUGGCCCCAAUAGCAAAACCUUCUCACUCGAGGCUACAAAAGCCGCGAAAUGGGAUCACCAGGUCGACCAUUUACGUCUUUCUUUCGAGGGAAAAGAGAUCUCUUUACCAAAAGGAGAUUCAUCAGUGUGGAGUCCUCCAGGAGACUAUAUAAAGAUCGAGAGAACUUCAGACAUAAACUCGGUGUUGGUCACGUUACAAGACAUUGCCGAGAUUUGGAUCAAUGUGGUGCCGGUAACAAAAGAAGACGACAUAAUCCAUAAAUACGGGAGACCGGAGAAUGACUGUUUUGCUCAUCUUGAGGUUCAGUUCCGGUUCUUGAAGUUGUCCUCAAACGUGGAGGGUGUUUUAGGAAGAACGUAUAGAGAAGAUUUCAAGAACCCGGCAAAACCUGGCGUGGCUAUGCCGGUUGUUGGUGGAGAAGAUAAAUACCGAACGGGGUCACUUUUUGAAACAAGUUGUAAUGCUUGUGUUUACUCGGAUGGCUCAAGAAGUUUGGACAAGAUAGAGCCAUUGUUGCUGAAUCAAAACACUGUUGAUUGCACUGGUGGAUCGAGCAGUGGUGUUGGAAUCUUUUGCAGAAAGUAAAGAAAAUUUUAUUAUUUACUCAAAAUAAAAUCAUAUAAAAACGAUAAUAAUAGAUCAAAAGAUGU